AUGGGGCUGGGAGCCGUCCAGCUCCUAGGACGCCCGGCCAGGCGGUGGCCCCGGGCUCGGUGCCCGCACGGCGGCGGGACGGGACGGGGCGGGGCGGGGCGGCUGAGCUGGCUACGCCGGCUUCGUGCCGAGCCUCGGGAGCCCCCCGCAGGAGCCCGGCUCUCCCUUACCUGCUCCCGAAGCCGCGCCGGGCGCUCCCAGGUCGGCCGCGCCGGGCGCUCCCAGGUCGGCCGCGCCUCUACUUGCCGCCUGCUCCGGGCGGCCCCGCCUGGCACACGGUGGCCAGGACCCAGCGGGGCCGCGCCGCGCCGAGCGAUCUGCUCGCUCCCCGCCCCGGGGCCGGGCCUCCCCGACGGGGCGGGCGGCAGCGCUGGGCCGGGCUGGGGCCCUGAUUGGGCUCCACCGCAGUCACUCGGCCGGCCGAGGCAGGCGGGAAAGGAGGGAGCGGCGCCGGCAGCCCCCCGCCGCCCCUCAGCCACAGCCCCCAGGUGCCGGGUGGCUUCCCCCGGCUUCCUCCCGCCGCCUUCGCGCUUCGGCUGCCGGUUCUUGCUCUCUGCUGCCGGGCUGGGAUACUAUUCCGCAUCCCUCGGACGGCUCCUGGGGAGCCCCAAGGGUCGAUCAUGGCACCCAGCUCCGUUGGCCAACGGGAGGACACCAGCCUUGCGCGCCUGGCGGCCAGGUCAACCCGCAGAGCCCGGGUUCGGGAUUCACGACGCUAAAUUUCUUUAUUCCUGGAGCUCUUCCUCCCGUCCCCUCCUCCACAGGACGGGUUACCAGCCUGCAGGGUUGCCACAAAGCUGGAUGGAGUACAUCACAGAUUCAAGAGGGGUCAAGUCUUAGGCUGCAAGAAAACAAGGAAAGGCAGCCACAUGGUUACUAAUCCCUGGUUUUCCUUCUUAUCUUCUAGUUCUUCCAUCUCAAAACUUUGGUGGCUAACUACAGUUUUUGACAUUGCUGUAUCACAUUCUACAGUUGGUCUUUUUGCCCAUUUUCUCAAACCUUCAUUGAAGCCAUCAGUGUUACUGUUUUGCUCUGCAGCUUGCUGUUGGCUACACACUAGUGCUGGGUUCCUGGGUCCAGCUCUCCAUCCUUUGUCCCUCUGGAGAUGACUAGUGUUCACUCGCACCAUAGCAGGCUGUUGGAACAACUGUUGAUCUCCAUGCCUUUUCAGUCAGUUUUCUGAGUCAACUAUUCAUUUCUGAUAACUUUUUUUU